GGGAAAAACAAAACAUCUUUCACAUUUUUGCGACAAAAGAGGACCUCUUUCUUGGACUGAGCGGUUUCAUGGAUUUUUCUGUAAAAUCUAAAACGUUAUGAUGCCAAGUUUAGGAUCAAAGAAGAAAGACAAUCUACCCAAAAUGGACAGACCCAGUGAGGACUUUCCACAGCUGAGCAAUGAGAUGCAGCUGAGCAUCAUGAACAAGGUGAAGAGCGGAGAGCUGUCCAUCGAGGAUGCUCUGAACCAGGCCAGGAAGGACAGGCAGCAGCUGCUCCAACACAAGAGCCUGGCUGAAGAGGAACCGCCACCGUCACAGUACAACUUCAGUGUCCACAAGCACAGCCGCUACAGGUGGCAGAAGCGGGUUAUUCAGAUUGAUUUCAAGACCAAAAUGCUGUGCAGCAUCGAGAAAGGCAUCAUCAAGCGACAGUUUCCCUUCUCAACUGUCAAGAGCUGUGAUGAUGGAUCAGGUUCCAGGUUCUCCAUUUCCUUUAAAGGACACCAUGAUUAUGAACUGGAGGCCACUUCACUGGAGGACAAACACAAGAUAAUGCAGCUUGUGAAUCAGAUCAUUUAUGGGAACAUAUACAGUGAUUCUGAGGGCGAUGCAGAGACAGGUCAGCAGCCUCAAACACCACAGAGCCUUCGGGAAGGCGUCUUGUUACUGCACCGAGGAGGCCUGGCAUCAUUCAAAUGGGUGAAAUAUGAGGUCCAGCUCCACCCAGGCCAGCUAACACUGGUCCCCUUCAGGCGACGGGGCUCCACCGAUGGUGAGGUGACAUACUCGGUGCCCAGGUCCAUCGUGAUUCACCUGUCAGAUGGCGACACCAGCGUACAGAAACCUCACAGCUCCGACACUUUCACCCUGAUCACCCACAAAAAUGAGUACAAGUUCCGGGUGCCUGUACCAGAUCAAACUGCUGCUCCUGGGGCUGUCCAAAAGGAACGAGACGCUUGGGUCCAUGCCAUUCACAGACUGUGCAGGGACUGGAAGAGGAAGUCAAUGGCGGAACAAUUGUUUGAACAAACAAAGGAUCUACGACAUAUCAGCAUAGAUGAAGAUGCAGAGGACAGUGACGCAGAGCCUGAGUCAAGUGGUGGAUUUGGUGACGAGAAUAUAACUUAUCCUCCAGUUGAUUAUGAAAAUGCGGCUCCAACUCCUGCUGGUGGAGAUCAUUUAUCAUCUGGUGACACAAAUCAAAGUUAUCCCUCAGCCGAUUAUGCAAAGCCUGUUCCUAAACCUCGCAGCACGAAGAACACUGCUGUUAUCACGCCUGAUAUUUUGCCUCCCGUCCCACCACCAACCUCCCCCGGUGUCGUUCCCAUAUCUUUGCCCACCUCCCCUCAACCCUCACCCUCCAAAACUGCCCUCACGUCCUCUACCACAGUCCCAGAGUCUCUUAACCAUGAAUCAAGCUCAUCAGCUGUGAAAGGGCCUUCACCCCCCAGCAUCCCUCCACCCCCACCUUUACCCUUCAAAAUCCCAAUGAAGUUGAAAAAACCACACACCAAGGCUUUCCACUGGGACCAAGUUGGCUCAGACAAGAUUGCAAAAUCAUUUUGGAUACAAGAAAGCACCGGGAGGAUUGAAAUCGACACAUCCCGCCUAUACGAGCAAUUUGCCAUCAAAGAUCUGGGGACGUUUGAUGCCGCUGAGCCGAGCCAUACGCAGCAUAUUAUGCUCAACCAGAAGAUUGCACACAACUUCAACAUUUUCCUCAAAAGUUUUCCAGUGCAACCGGGAGAGCUGAAGGACAAACUGUUCAUCAUUAAUGAGGAAGAUGGAGGCCUGUCUGAUGAGCACAUCACCUCUCUGAGGAGGUACGUCCCCACGUUGGAGGAUGUGGAAAAGUACAAAUCGCACAAGGGGCCUGUGACAGAGCUGCAUAUUGUGGACCAGUACAUGAUGGAGAUGUGCAACAUCCCAUGCCUGAGCACACAGCUCGACCUGCUGCUGACUCUGAGAGAGCUUCCGAUCAGCAUGAACGACCUGCAACCUCUGAUUAACCAGAAGAUCAGAAUGUGCACGCAGCUGAACAACUGCAGGUCAUUUGUUUCCGUGCUGGAGUACCUCCUCGCCAUUGGCAAUUACCUCAAUGAGAACGCCAGGAAGGAAAAGGCCAAGGGAUUCCGCCUCUCCUCCUUAACUAAACUCUCGCAGCUCCGUGGGAGAGACAAGAAAUUCACCUUGCUUCAUGCCCUUGUGGAGCAGAUCAUGUUGCAUGAACCGUGCCUGGCCACUUUUACCCAGGAGUUGGCAGAAUUUGAAACUGUCCCAGGAGCUUCCAUCAAAGGCCUGACCGCAGAAAUAGAUGUCCUGAAGAAUGAACUGCAGAAAGUCAUUCAGUAUAAAAAAACUUCCAAGAAGAAAAAUGCUGGAGUUCAUCACCCAAACUUCUCCAAAGACCUGAAGUUGGCAAUUGAGAAAUACAACACGGAUCUCUCUGCUCUGACGAAGACGUGUGAGGAGAUGAAGAAACUCUACUCUGUCAUACUGGUUAAAUUUGGUGAACCGUCGGAUCAAGACUCUCAGGAGUUCUUUGGGAUGAUCUGUCAGUUUGUCCAGGACUUCAAGAUGGUCCAUUCUGAAAUCAUGACUUAAACUGUAUAGUGUACAUAUAAGUAAACACUGAGACUGCAGUGAUGAUUAUUAGACAAACCAAUCAGAUCCUGUAUUCUUAGUCACAGCUCAGAGUGAUUAAAAUAUAGGCUGUAAUCUCUAAUGCAGUAUUUGAUAUUUAAGGUGACCUAUUAUGCCCAUUUUCAGGCACAUACCUGUAUUUAAGGUUUCUACUAGAACAUGUUCAUGCUUUAAUGGUCAAAAAACACUUAAUUCUCCUUAUACUAUGCUGGAACACCUGUGUUCCACCUCUGUCUGAGACGCUUUAUUCUAUCGCCUGUCUUUUUUAAGCGCCCUCUUCCCAAAAAAGUCUGGUCUGCUCUGAUUGGUCAGCGUAUCCAGGUCAUCCUUAACCUGGCAUCUCUGCACCUUCAUUACAGUCGAGGGGAUGACUGUUAUGGAGAAAAGUGCCACUUUUUACUGUGAAAAAUCACCAAUAAAAGCUUCAGAUCACAACUGGAAAUGUUCCAAAAGGAAUAUGAUCUGAAAUUUGCUGCUACAAAAAAUAUGGCUGAGGUGAGACGAACAGAUGAAAACUUUAUCUAGAUUAAACUGAUAAUAAAUAAUUCACAGUUGAAAAAAAGGCACUUUUUUUUAUCACAAUACUCAGCAUAUUGCAACAUACUUAAAAUCGCAGUAAUAUUGUAUCGUGCCUUUAGUAUCGCAAUAAUAUCGUGCCGUGGAUCUUAUAGUGAUUCCCACUCCUAUCUGACAUCGGGGACAAGUUAGCAUCAGCAACCAAGAUUACAUGUUUUCCUGAUGUUAGCAUGUAGCUACAUGCACAUUACCCAGGGUUUUCUACAGUACAUAUUAAUUUAUCUGUGGCGCACCACCACAACAUCUGCAUCUGCUGCCAUAUAUAGACUUUAUAGUUUCCGAGCUGGGUCUCUCUUUAAGCGUACUCUCGUCAAUAGUUUUAUUGUUUUCCCACAUUACUUUCGAUGAAACUGUCUGCGUUCCUAUGGAAACCACCCACACCACAAUCCAAUGCUGGGACUAACCAGUGUAACAGCAGCAGAAGACAGUCUGCUUUCACUCGCCUCUGCAGCCGCUGCUACUCUAAUCCAUAAAUCUAAUUUGAUCAGCUCUAAUCGAUCUGACCACAAACUAAUCCAGAGGAAGUCUUGCAUGUGAUAAUCAAACAGUUUCUUCCUCUAUUAUCCACCCUGCAACUCAAACUCAACAGACUGCUGCUGAGGAAAAAAGUCCUCAUGGAAAGUUCUGCUUGCGCCGUGUUCAGGGACCUGCAAUAACCUCCGAAUUCAGAAAAAAGAAAAAAAAAGAAAAUUUAAGAAGUUUACCGACCCCCGCCCCCGUCAGUUGCCGCCACACAUACAAUUUAUUUCUGUGGGAAACUCUGUUAGCACUGCGCUUACAGUCAGAGAGUGACUGUAAUAGAGAACAAUGGCACUUUUUACUGUAAAAAAAAAUCACCAAUAGAAGUUUCUAAACACAGCCACACAUGUUCCAGCAGGAAUAUGAUCCGAUAUCAUGGAGAAAUUUACAACAUUGGCAACCAAGAUUAGGUGUUUGUCUGACAUUAGCAUGUAGUUUCAUUUAGCAAUACAGUCUACGUAAUGUAAACACUUGCAGAAGCGUGUCUGGAACAGAUGACCAUAUAAGGAAAUCCAGCACACUGUGACGUCAUACUGUGGCCACAGUAAAAAGAAGUUCGACCUGAGUAUUGAGAGUGGUAGGAAACCUGAGGUGUUUGCUGACAAGGAUUACUGUCACAUUAAUUUACCUCAUUAUUUGACACUUUGGCCAUGUUUAAUAUGAACAUCCUUUAUUGUAACACUAUAUGUAAGACGCAAACUACUGAAAAGCAUAACAGGUCCCCCUUAAAUACAGUAAAAUGUUGUAUGGAUGUAUUUUUUGUAGCUGUUUGUAUUUUUCUCCUGUGUUGUUGUACAGAUAUUUUAUAAUAUAAUGGGCCCUGGAUGUGAUUCAGUGUGUAGACAUACAGUAUGAAGUGUACAGUGAUGCUCGUGCACCUGGAUGACAGAAUGCAAGUGGAAAUCAUCUUUGUAAAUAUAAAACUGAUCUAUGUCGUAUUA